GCCAGAGGCUGCUACCACUGCACUGCGCUCGUCGUGUCUAUCUUCGCGUCUACCUGGCUUCAUCACUGCCUCAGCCAUCCAGGACGGUCUUGCACCGUCUCUACUCACUCUUGCUCGCUGAUCGCCUCUCAGCCUUGCUAUGAGCGACACAAUGGAGGUUAUUGACGAGAAGGUGAAUGGCGGCCCUCCUAUGGAGGUCGAGGAGAUAGUGUCUGUCCGUGAUCACGACGCAUUCGCGGCGAAGCACAUGCCCGACCUCGGACAUGACGUGAAAGAGUUCAAGGUCUACCAGUGGCGUAUCACAAAUUGGAAGAAAUUGGAGAAGAAGAUCACAAGUCCGGAGUUUGAGUGUGGCGGGCAUAAAUGGCGAAUACUGUUGUUCCCUUUUGGCAACUCUAACGCACCUCCGAACGACACUGUGUCGGUAUAUCUUGAUUACGCCGAUCCUAAGCGAGCACCCGAGGGCUGGCAUGCUUGCGCACAGUUCGCGCUCGUUAUCUCAAAUCCUCAUGACCCCACCAUCUACACUGUCAGUCACGCGCACCAUCGCUUCAUUGCGGAGGAAUGUGAUUGGGGUUUCACUCGUUUCAGCGAGCUGCGCAAGCUAUUCACCACUCAGGAGGGUCACAAUCGCCCGACGAUCGAGGAUGAGGCCGCUGAUGUGAGCGUAUACGUCCGUGUGCUCGAAGAUCCCACAGGGGUGCUGUGGCACAACUUCGUCAACUACGACUCCAAGAAGGAGACUGGCUAUGUCGGGCUGAAGAACCAAGGUGCGACAUGUUACAUGAACUCGCUCUUGCAGUCAUUGUAUUGUACGCGAUAUUUCCGCAAGGCUGUGUUACAAAUCCCCACGGAGGAUGAUCUUCCUACGGAGAGUGUCCCACUCGCAUUGCAGCGUGUCUUCUACCAUCUGCAAACAUCAGACCAGCCCGUUGGUGAGGUAUCAGUGCUGAAGUACACUGAACUCACCAAGUCAUUCGGUUGGAAAUCUCUGGACUCGUUCUUGCAACAUGACGUGCAAGAAUUCAACCGUGUGCUACAAGAUAAACUCGAGAGCAAAAUGAAGGGUACUAUAGCAGAAGGCGCAAUCCAGAAGCUCUUUGUCGGCAAAAUGAAGAGCUACAUUAAGUGUGUAGAUGUAGACUUCGAGUCUUCCCGCAUCGAGGAAUUCAAUGACCUGCAACUCAACGUCAAGGGUAUGAAAAACCUAUACGAGUCGUUCAAGGACUAUGUUGCAGUUGAGACCCUAGACGGCGAGAACAAAUACAUGGCAGAAGGCUACGGACUGCAAGAAGCGAAGAAGGGCAUCGUUUUCCAGUCUUUCCCUCCAGUCCUCCAUCUUCAGCUGAAGCGCUUCGAGUACGACAUCCAACGCGACGCCAUGGUCAAGAUCAACGACCGCCACGAGUUCCCAUUCGAGAUUGAUCUCGGUGAGUUCCUGGACGAGUCGGCAGACCGGUCACAACCUUGGGUCUACAAGUUGCACGGUGUACUUGUACACUCCGGUGAUUUGCACGGCGGCCACUACUUCGCCCUGAUCAAGCCCGAUCGUGAAACGAGAUGGCUAAAGUUCGAUGACGAUCGCGUAACGCCGGUGACCGAUCGGGAAGUUAUGGAGGAGAACUAUGGUGGCGAGGCGUUGAAUGGCCUGGUCUCUCCCAUGCAACGUAACCAGGUGCGGGCGAUGAAGCGCUUCACUAACGCGUACAUGUUGGUGUACAUCCGUGAGUCAGCUAUCGAUGAAGUCCUUGCACCGUUCAAAGAGGAGGAUACCCCACCACACCUCAAAAAACGCUUGGAUGAGGAGCGGCUACAGCUUGAAGCCAAGAAGCGGGAACGCGAGGAGCAGCACCUCUACCUCACCGCCAAGGUUAUCACCGACGAGACCUUCGCUCACCAUGAGGGCUUCGACUUGGCUGCAUUCGACGAGCGAAACUGGCCUCCAUCAGAACUUCCUACUUUCCGUGUGCUGAAGAACGAGACGUACAGCACGUUCAAGCAGAGGGUGGCACAACAUUUCAACUACCCCGAGAAUCAGAUUCGGCUGUGGGUGUUGGUCAACCGGCAGAACAAAACUGUACGGCCGGACACGCACAUACCGGAGAACGAGCCUGCACUCACUGUCGAGGUCAUUCGGAACAACAUGGCCGUCAGGCAACAGAAUGAUUUACGGCUAUAUCUGGAUGUCAUACCAGACCCCACCAAGUCCGACGUCCCCCCAGGCUCUAUCAUGAUCUUCCUUAAGCACUUCGACACGUCCAAGCAGACGCUAUAUGGUGCCGGCAAGAUCCAUGUACAGCGGGCCAACAAGGUCAGCGACCUUGUGCCGAUGAUCAACGAGCGGAUGCGAUGGACACCGGGGACGCCUGUGAAGCUCUACGAGGAAAUCAAGCCUGGCAUGAUUGAACUCAUGAAGUCGAAAUUGACCUUCACACAGAGCGAGAUCCAGGACGGUGAUAUCAUCUGCUUCCAGGUCGACCUCCCGGAGAAAGAGAUCCAUGAUCUCGAGAGCCAGGGACUUUACUCGAACCCGAUGCAGUACUACGACUUCCUGCAGAACAGGGUCAUGGUUCUCUUCCGGCCGAAGUUCGAGGAGCCCGAUCAUGAUCAUCCGGAGUUUAACCUCAUCCUCAGCAAAAAGCAGAACUACGAUGUCAUGUCCGCGAAAGUGGGCGAGCACUUACGACACGACCCGAUCAAGGUGCGGUUCACGACGACGCACGCGACGAACGGCACGCCCAAGUCGAUCCUCAAGCGGUCCCUGAACCAGAGCGUCGCGGAGAUCAUCUCGCCGACGAACUACGUGAGCCCGCAGGCGACGACGGUGAUCCUCUACGAGAAGCUCGACGUGAGCAUCGUCGAGCUCGAGACGAAACGCAGCCUCAAGGUCGUCUGGACGGGCGUGCACAACAAGGAGGAGUCGACGCACCCGUUCCUGCUGCCCAAGACGAGCAUGGUGCACGACCUCGCGGACCACCUCGCGAAGCAGGUGAAGCUCACGCCCGGCGGGACGGCCAAGAUCCGCGUGUUCGAGGUGUCCAAGGACGGCAAGACACAGAAGGAGUUCACGGGCUCGGAGAUGAUCGGGAACAUCCCGGACCCAGUCGAGCUGUACGCGGAGGAGAUCCCCAAGGAGGAGCUGGACGCGGAGGACGCGGACAAGGUCAUCAGCGUGUUCCACUUCUCCAGGGAGGUCUCGCGGACGCACGGCGUGCCCUUCCGUUUCGUCAUCAAGCCGAACGAGAAGUUCUCUGAGACGAAGAAGCGUCUGCAAGCACGGAUAGGUGUUACGGACAAGGACUUCGCGAAGUACCGGUUUGCUCUGAUCCAGCAGGCCACCUUCAAGCAGCCAUCGUACAUCGAGGAUGAUGACACGAUCUACGAGCACAAGUUCGCUCCAGAAGACUGCCUCGGCUUGGAUCACAUCGACAAGUCAGGCAGGACGAGAACAGGGGCGGGAGAGAAGGCGAUCGUCAUCAAAGGCUGA